AUGGCCCAAGUCGGUGGUGAAGACUUUGCCAACAGUUCCUCAAUCCAGGACAAGAUGGAACCCAUUGCUGUCAUCGGCUUUUCUAUGCGUUUUCCCGAGAAUGCUACAACUCCCGAAGGCUUCUGGGAGAUACUGCAGAAUGGAAGGUCGGUUAUGACAGAAGUGCCACCCGAUCGGUUCAAGGUUGAUGGAUUCUAUGAUCCUGAUGCAUCUCGCCCCGACACAAUCAAUGCUCGGGGAGGAUAUUUUCUCAAAGAGGACUUGGGUGUUUUCGACGCAGCCUUCUUUUCAAUCACACCUUCGGAGGUUGAAUGUAUGGAUCCACAGCAGCGACUUCUUUUGGAAACAUCCUACCAUGCUUUUGAAAACUCUGGUAUACCGAUCCAUGAAGCUGCAAAGUCCAAAACCUCGGUCUACGUGGGCUGUUCGGCAGUCGAUUAUACUCAACUCUAUGGAAACGAUGAAGAGAUUCAUCCAUUAUAUAGAGCCACGGGAUCCGGAAGUGCACUUUUGGCCAAUCGAUUGAGUUGGUUUUAUGACCUCAGAGGCCCAAGCAUGACGAUCGAGACAGCAUGCUCUGGGAGCUUAGUGGCUCUGCACCUGGCCUGUCAAAGCAUUCGGAGUGGAGAAUCUAAAAUGAGCCUUGUGUGUGGCACUCAGCUAUACCUUGAGCCAAUGUCCAGCGCUAUAUCCCUAUCUUCGCUAGGAUUCAUGUCGCCUGAUAGUCGAUGCUACAGCUUCGACCAUCGAGGAAAUGGCUAUGCAAAAGGCGAGGGUUUUGGUGUCGUUGUACUCAAGCCCCUUUCAGACGCCAUUGCAGCGGGAGACACCAUUCGGGCCGUCAUACGCUCAACGACAACGAACCAAGACGGUCGAACGCCGGGCAUUACACAACCAAGUCAAGAGGCGCAAGAAGCACAGAUCCGCGAGGCUUAUCGCCUUGGAGGGCUUUCACUUGAUCGCACUCGAUUGUUUGAAGCUCAUGGCACUGGAACACCAAUGGGCGAUCCAAUCGAAGCCAGAGCUAUCAAAAAUGUGUUCCAGGAGUAUCGUAGCCAGGAGAGCCCCAUGUAUAUCGGGGCGCUGAAAUCCAACAUCGGCCACCUAGAAGCCGCCGCAGGAGUAGCAGGUGUUAUCAAGGUGGUCAUGUGCCUUGAAAAGGGCAUCAUCCCCGCCAACGCUGGAUACGAGGCGGUGAACCCACGUAUCGAAGCAGAGAAAUGGCAUCUGAGAUUUCCAGCUCAGGCUGUACCGUGGCCCUCCGAUGGCUUACGUCGGGCAUCCGUCAACUCGUUUGGCUAUGGCGGGUCCAAUGCCCAUGCCGUCAUUGAUGACGCUUAUCAUUACAUGCAGGAGAGAGGACUCUCUGGACAUCAUUGCACCAGUCCGCAAAGACCCAGUAAGAAGCAAGCACUCACCAACAAAGACGAUAAUGAUUUGGAGUCAGACCAGAAGGACAAAUGUUCUAAGCAAACGAACGGAGUUCACAACGGCUUCACACACGGAGGGGAUCUUCCCUAUCUAUUUGUCUGGUCUACAUCUGAUGCUCCUGGAAUAGAGAGAAUUGGCGCUUCUUACAAGGAUUUUCUUUCCAGAAAACUACUCUCAGAUGUUAUUGACUCUGACUAUCUCGGAAAUCUUGCCUAUACACUUUCGUCAAAGCGGAGUGUUCUUCCAUGGAAAACAUACCUUGUGGCACAGUCCGGGGAGGGCCUCCAGGACCAAUUGGGAAAGCUACGAAAGCCUACCCGGUCUUCUCUCCCACCCAAAUUACACUUUGUUUUUACUGGACAGGGGGCUCAAUGGGCGACUAUGGGGCUGGACUUGAUGAUUCAUCCGAUAUUUCGUCAGAGCCUCAGCGAAGCAGGGUGUUACUUCACCUCCAUAGGCUGUUCAUGGUCACUGAUAUCCGAGCUUGAAAAGCCAGCGAAGGAGUCAAGGCUUGACGAACCAGCAUUGGCUCAGCCAAUCUGCACUGCCAUACAAGUUGCGCUGGUCGAACUUCUGACUACCUGGGGAAUCCGCCCUUUGGGUGUUGUUGGGCAUUCAUCUGGGGAAAUUGCUGCAGCUUUCUGCGCAGGAGCUUUGACCCGUGAAAUGGCUUGGGCCAUCGCCUACCACCGAGGCAGCCUAGCAGGCCGCCUGGCCAAUGAAAGCUCCAAAGAUGAAAGAGGCGCCAUGAUGUCGGUUCAGCUAUCCGAAUCUGAUCUCAAACCCUACUUUGAAAAGCUUUCAGAGGGCAUAACCGUCUCAAUUGGAUGUGAAAACAGCCCCGUCAAUACAACCGUAACGGGAAUGGAGCGCAGCAUAGAUCAUCUAAAGAGACUACUUGACGAGGAUGGUGUAUUCGCCCGCAAGUUAAAAAUACCCGUUGCCUACCACUCUAAACAUAUGCAGGGGAUUGCGAAAGAGUAUCUAGCCCUACUGCGUCCUAUCUGCCCCUUGGAAGGCAAUAAGAACAUUGAAAGUGGUAUGGUCUUCGUCUCGUCUGUAACAGGGCAAGAAAUUACGCUCAAUCGACUUCGCCAGCCCGAAUACUGGGUCGAAAACCUCGUAUCGAGAGUCCGAUUCACUGGGGCUAUGAAAAGUCUUUUUUCAAAACUGGACGAGGUCCCAGACAUGAGUCAAUGGCUCUACUGUAUCGAAGUCGGGCCCCACGCCGCCUUGCAGAGACCUAUCAAAGACAUUGCAUCAGGAACUAAAAACCUGAUUUACAACUCCACUCUUCGGAGAGGAGAUAGUGGCUGGGAUAGUCUUGCGAAUGUCAUAGGCGAACUCUUUAUGGAGAGUUUUCCGGUUGACAUUGAGGCCUUCAACAGUCAUGGCUUGGCCAGAAACCAUCGGCAAUUACAGACUGAUUUGCCAUCAUAUCCAUUCAACCACUCCCAAAGAUACUGGCUGGAGAGCAGGCUGUUCAAAAACUAUCGUCAGCGCAGUAAGCCUCGACAUGAACUACUCGGACUUCCUUCCAUCGAUUGGAACCCUCUCAAGCCCAGAUGGAGGCACACUAUUAGGAGACAAGACUCACCAUGGUUAGUGGAUCAUCAGCUCAAUGGUUCUGUCAUCUAUCCCGCGGCAGGCAUGCUUUGCAUGGUAAUUGAAGCCGCGAGAUCGAUAGCUAAGCCUGAUUCCCAAAUUCGAAGCUAUCGCCUACGCGAGGUCACCAUUCAAACUGCGCUUGUCAUUCCUUCAGAGUCUCAAGGUGUAGAAAUUCAACUCUAUCUGCAACAACAAAAGCAUACACGUGUCACUACGUUUUCAGCCGCCGACUGCAACGACUUUUAUCUAGCGGCCAACAUAGAUGACGAGUGGAAAGAAAUUUGUUCGGGAACAAUUGUAUUGGAUUACAUUGAGAAGUCCAAAGGGAUAUAUCAUGACGAGCAACACGUGCUCAAGUACCAAGAAGACACCAGAGCUAGAUUUGAUGAAAUUUUCAGCAAGUGUUCAGCCAAUACCCCAAAGGAUCGAUUCUAUGACAUGGGAAAAGCUAUGGGCUAUGACUUCGGUCCAGCUUUCCAGACAGUGCACAACUUGACCUACGACCCGACUGGUCACUAUGCUGCUGGAACUAUUAUUUUGGAUGAGUGGAUGGGGAAGACCAAAAAAUCCCAGAUCCAGGGACAUGUCAUCCAUCCAACUGCUCUCGAUGGAAUAUUGCAGAUGGUGGCGGCCUUGAAUAGUAAAGGCGGUACCGUCAUGGGGCCGCUUCAGGCACCCACACAGUUCAAACACAUUUGGGUUUCCAACCAACUUCUUGGCCGCGGUCCAGAUGCCAAAGUUCUAGCAGCCGCGAAACACGACAAAAUCUCCAUGAGAGAUACUGAAUCUUCAAUCGUGUCCUUGAAUUCCGAGACUUUGGAACCAGAAAUAGUGAUUGAAGGCUACAGAGCGACAACACUCAACUCAAAUGACCAAAUACUGUCUGAAAGACAAGACAAGGUCUACAAGCUUGAAUGGAAGCCUGAUAUCGAGGUUCUCGAUGAGCCACAAAUGGCAGAUUACUGCCUCCAACGUGCAAAUAGGCAUCUAGAUUGGGAUCCUACCAAGCAACUCGUGUGCCUUUACUUUAUUAAGCGGGCACUGAACAAAUUGAGUGAAGAAGGGUUCCAGGGCCCAUCUGGGCACCUUAAAAACUAUAUGCAAUGGAUGCAUUUACAUCUCGAAUAUAUGAGCCGCCAGAGCCUGGUCGACACAUCAAAAUGGGAAGACUACAUCCCUUCCGAAAACACCGAGCGUUAUCUUAGCGAGUUCGCUGCCAGGGGGCGAACAGAAAAGGCAGUUGUUGACUUUUGCUCGCGCAUUCCACAAAUUGUAAAAGGCGAGACGGACCCCCUCGACAUUCUUUUCAACCAGGGCUUGGCCAAUGACCUAUAUGCGGAUGAAUUAUACGACCUAAUGGGCAGGCGAAUGUCGGCCUUUGUUGAGCUUUUGGUUCACAAAAACCCCAACAUGAAUGUGUUGGAGAUCGGGGCAGGAACGGGAGCUUUUACCAGCUCUGUCCUGUCAACACUAUCGUCGAACUUCAACAGCUAUGUAUUCACCGACAUAUCUCCAAGCUUUUUCGAGAAGGCCAAAACUCGGUUUGCCGAGCACGUUGGUCGCAUGACUUUCAAGGCCUUAGACAUUGAGAUAGACCCAACCUCGCAAGGAUUUGAGGCUGGCAAGUAUGACCUUAUUAUAGCAGGUUUAGUCUUCCAUGCUACUUCCAAUAUAACGGAGACGCUCAAACAUGCAAGGUCCCUGCUUCGGCCGGGAGGAUAUCUCCUCGUGGUUGAGACUACAAACAAACAUACAACCGCAGCAGAUAUAGUAUGGGGCACCUUGUCAGGUUGGUGGAGGGGAUCUGAGAAUGAUCGAAAACUGAGUCCUCUCUAUACACAGGCGGAGUGGGACAAGACUCUCCGAGAGACUGGGUUUACAGGGCUCGAUGUGGCAUUGACCGACUAUUCCGACAUUGAACAUCAUGUUUUGUCCUUCUUGGUAUCCCGAGCAGUUGGUGACAAUGACACGGAGCUUACGACGACCUCCCCCGUUGUUAUAUUGUCGAGUGAUACAGAACUUGAGCAAGAGAUAGCCGCUACUAUCUCUUCUGAACUUAGGUCUUUGGGUUUUACUGAUGUUUCUAUCACUACCCCGACGUCUGUUCUUGCUCAUACCCGAACUAUCCAUCAUUGUGUGAGCCUACUGGAAUUAGGCGACCCAUUCCUCACCUCCGUUAGCGAAGAUGGGUUCGAUGCGCUCAAACGGGUUAUAGAGUCAGCGGAGCGAAUCUACUGGAUUACUUCAGGCGCUGGAUCAAACGCUGAGAUUCCAGAAAAGGCCUUUGCCUCUGGGUUUGGAAGAGCGAUUAUGCAUGAACGGCCUGAGAUGCAUUUUGUCACCAUUGAUGUGAAGACUCCAACCAAUGCGGCAAGAGUCUUUCGCAAAGUUUUCACAGCAUCCCUAAGGGAACCCAAUCCUCAAGAAAGCGACUAUGUAGAGUCGGAUGAUGUGAUAUCAAUCCCUCGAGUAAUUAGGUCACAAGAGGUCAAUGACUUUGUGUAUUCUCAGAUCGGGCAGCUGGAGCUGGAGCGGAAGUUUGUGGGCAGCAGCAAUGACGCAGGGGACGCGCUCAGGCUAAAGUUCACUCCGGGGCAGCUCGAUAGCUUCUGUUUUGUCCAAGACCACACUCGGGACUCUGUUCUUGCGCCAGAUGAUCUCGAGGUUCAUGUCAAAGCAACUGGGAUCAACUUCACUGAUGUGAUGCAUAUUCUGGGACAAAUCACCGGCCCUUCCGUCGGCUUUGAGUACAGCGGUGUUGUCACUCGAAUCGGAUCAUCAGUUCAAGGGUUUAAACCUGGAGAUCGUGUUUGUGGUUUAUGCUUGGAUGCCUUUAAAACCUAUUGCCGAAGCAAUAUAUAUACAACGGUCAAGAUUCCCGACAACCUACGCUUCACCGAAGUCUUUCCUGCAGUAUACUUGACGGCAAUAUACAGCAUUAGUCAUGUCGCAAGAUUAAAAAGAGGAGAGUCCAUUCUCAUCCAUUCAGCAGCUGGGGCUGUGGGACAAGUCGCUAUCCAGUUGGCAAAGAAAGCUGGAGCUGAUAUCUUCGUGACGGUGAGCUCAGAUGAAAAGAAGCACAUGAUUCAACAAUUGUAUGCAAUUCCCGAAAACCGCAUCUUUUACAGCCGUAACCUAUCAUUUGGAUACAAUAUUAUGCAGGCGACAGCCGGGCGAGGCGUGGAUGUGGUCCUGAAUUCUCUCGCUGGUGAGGCUCUGUCUGAAUCGUGGAGAAUUGUAGCGCCACUAGGACGAUUCGUUGAAAUUGGGAAAAGGGACAUUCAUACGUUCCAGAGUCUACAGAUGAUGCCAUUCUCCAAGAAUAUUUCUUUUCAUUCUGUUGACUUAGAGACUGUGCUGAUUCACGAUCCUCAGUUGAUGAGGGGAAUGCAUGUUGAAAUGCAAAACCUACUCUCUGAAGGAGACCUCUCUCCUCCACAGCCUGUCAAAGUAUUCUCGAGAGGAGAAUUUGAGUCGGCCAUUCGCUAUUUGCAAACCGGGCACCAUAUGGGAAAGGCCGUUGUGGAUUGGGAAGCUGAGUCUGAAAUCGCAAUUGCCCCGAAUACUGAACCUAGUUAUACCUUUGCUGCAAACGCAACUUAUGUUAUUGCUGGCGGCUUGGGCGGUAUUGGCAAGAGCUUGGCUUCCUGGUUCGUCGGGCGUGGUGCACGGCAUCUUAUUCUUCUCUCACGUUCAGGGCCAAGGUCGGAGAGUGUGCAGAAAUGGCUCAGUCAACUCAAGUCUGCCGGUGUCAACGUUUUGACUCCGCAAUGUAAUGUCUCCGACCUCAAUUCACUGCAGGACACUGUAUGCAAUGCUAUGCAACUUAUGCCCCCCAUCAAAGGAGUUGUUCAGGCUUCUAUGGUGCUAAGAGAUCGCAUGUUUGUCAACAUGUCUAGAGAAGAGUGGCAGGCAGUUUUACUCCCAAAAGUCCAUGGAACCUGGAAUCUCCAUAAUGUUCUGCCCCGCGAGAUGGACUUCUUCCUCAUUCUCUCUUCUCUAGGCGGAAUGAUGGGCUCUAGCGGGCAAUCUCAGUACAAUGGCGCCUCCACCUUCCAGGAUGCUUUUGCCAGACAUAGGUGGUCCCUCGGGGAGAAGUGCGUGUCGAUUGACAUAGGUGUGGUUGGAGACGUAGGAUAUGUGGCGGAGCAUUCCGAUGUUGCAAGGCGAUGGGAGAGGAAGGGGAUUCAAGUUCUCGAUGAGAAGGAGAUUCACAGUCUCGUUGACUGGGCAUGCAACCCAUGCCGCGAGUUUCCAACCUCUUGGUCGACUCAAAUAAUUACAGGAGCAGGACAGCUCGCAGGACGCCAAACCGACAAUGCCGACCUCCUUCCACACCUCAAGCGCCCCAUUUUCAGUUCCCUUUUACAGGAAAACAGAUUUACAGAGAGCAAUACCGCGAGUCAAUCAAUGGCACAAAAGGUAAAUUAUGGUGCUUUACUUUCCGGAGCACAAAACACGGAAGAGGCUGGAAAGAUUAUUGCGACAGGUGUUGCAAGCUUUCUUUCAAAUGCUCUAUGCAUUCCAGUAGAGGAUAUCGACACAGCAAGGACUGUUCACUCAUACGGUGUUGAUUCUCUUAUGGCUGUUGAACUGAGGUUUUGGUUCAAGGAAAAGAUUGAAGCAGAAACCUCUGUUUUUGAGCUUCUUGCUAACAAAAGUAUUAUUGCUCUGAGUCGAUCUAUGGCUUCAAAGAGCAAGUAUAGAGUAGAAUAA